AUGUCCAAUCAAAAGAGCAGAGUCAGCCAUCAAGAAUCUAGAAGUCCAGGUGGGACAAUUGGCAAAGCAACUGGCAGACCGACCGUCAAGCAGCUUUGGAAGGUUGUUAUGACUAGAAGCAAAAUGGUGAGCAUGAAUGAAGGUGAGAAGAGGAUAGGUGAAGAAAAACAACAGCUGGUGACUGAACCAGAAAUUAACCCAGUGGUAGAACCUUUGAGUGAGACUGAGGAAGAAGUGGAAGCAGAAGAUGAUCAACAGAAGGAGAUACCAAUAAUUAAUAAGUACAUUCACAGUGAAAACAUCAUUGUGGAAGGAAACUGCAGUGCUGUAAUUCAGAGGAUCCUUCCACCUAAGCACAAAGAUCCUGGGAGUGUGACUAUUUUGUGUGCAAUUGGUGAAGUUUUUGUUGGCAAGGCUCUUAUUGAUUUGGGAGCCAGUAUUAAUUUGAUGCCGCUUUCCAUGUGCUGGAGGCUUGGAGAGUUGGAGAUAAUGCCGACUAGGAUGACUUUACAGUUAGCAGAUCGCUCCAUCACCAGACCCUUUAGAGUGAUAGAAGAUGUUUUAGUUCGGGUCAAACACCUUACCUUCCCAGCUGAUUUCGUAGUGAUGGACAUAGAAGAGGACUCUAAGAUUCCCUUAAUCUUAGGGCGUCCAUUUAUGUCAACCGCUAGUUGUGCAGUAGAUAUGGGGAAGGGAAAGUUGGAGCUGAGUGUUAACAAUCAAAAUGUUACUUUUGAUUUAUUUGACACUAUCAAGCAUUCGAGUGAUCAUAAGGCCUGUUUUAAGAUGGAUAAGGUGGAACAAGAGAUUGAUAUGGUAGCUAAAGCCAUGGUUAUGCAAACUCCACUUGAAAAAGUGCUUACCAACACCCUUGAGUGUUUGAUUGCAGCACAAGAAAAAGAAGUGCAUAGUUGCUUGAAGGAAUUAGAAGGUGAGCAAGAGAGUUUUGCUGAAAGGAUGAAAGUUGAAGAGUUAAAGAGAGACAGACCACCAGAGGAAGCAAAAGUGGAAUUGAAGACCCUUCCUAAGCAUUUAAAGUAUGUAUUUUUAUGA